UUACGCCAUGAAAAAUACCAUUCAAAAAAUAAUAAUAAUAAUAAACGACCUGCUCAUUACGAUCAUUAUCCAUCUAAAAACCGCGUGCCUUCUUUAUUAGAAAAACGACGACAUCAUAGAAAAAGUGAUUCAAGGACAACAUCCAAAGCAAAGGAAGAUCCUGAACUUGUAGGUGAUCAUAUUGUCAGUGGCCAGACAUAUACCAUAUUGAACAUGAUUGGAUAUGGAGGAUCAAGUCAAGUAUAUAGAGUAUUUCACAAAGAAUCCAAGGAAAUCCUGGCAUUGAAACAUGUAACAACCAAACGUCUGUCCAAACAAACCUAUCAUGAUUAUCGCAAUGAAAUCACCUUUUUGGUCAAACUUCGACAAAAGAAUUGCUUACAUAUUCCCUAUUUGCAGAAUUAUGAAAACAAUCGGAUUGCUGGUCAUUUGGACAUUGUAUUGGAAUUAGGAGAAAUUGAUUUUGCUCAUUAUAUGUUUCUUCAACGAUCGAAACCAUUGGAUUAUAACUUUGUGCGUUGGUAUGGACAACUGAUGUUGGAAGCUGUAGAUGAAAUCCAUGAUCGACAUGUUGUACAUCGCGAUUUGAAACCAGCCAAUUUUAUUUUGAAAGAAGGAUCCUUGAAAUUGAUUGAUUUUGGUAUUUCGAAAAAGGUGGAUGCUCAAGGUUAUGUGGAGAUUGAUAGUCCCAUUGGUACAGUUCAUUACAUGCCUCCUGAAGCUUUCUUAUUUGUGGAAAAGGAUGGAAGAAAAUAUAUCCAAAUCGGUCAAUUUAGUGAUGUUUGGGCAUUGGGUUGUAUCUUUUACCAAAUGAUCUAUGGGAAAACACCAUUUCACAACGUAGAUGCCGAUCAUAAAGCUCUUUAUAUCUGUGAUCCCUCUUUUAUCAUUGAUUAUCCAUCCUCUGUGUCCUUUGAUCCUCCUUCCGGGACUUCUGUGGUUGUUCCUGUCAAACAAGACGUGAUUUCCCUUCUACAAGCUUGUCUCGAUCGUGAUCCUCAAAACCGGUGGUCAGUCAAACGCCUUCUUAAACAUCCAUUCUUCCAUCCCGAACAUUCUCUUUAGUUGCAUCUCAUUUGUUAAUAACUUGCUGCAUAGUGUCUUAUUUAUACAAUAAACAAGAUUUGAUAUUCAUCUCUAAAUAUCUUUUUUUUUC